ACGGAAGCGGUGGAACAGAGCUGCUACAUCCGGGCGACUGGCAGCCUCCGGUUGUUUUCUUGGCUGAAGUGGGGGAAAGUGAGGCGAAUCCGGCUGCCGCGACCGUGGGUCCGGAUCUACUGCACCGGCCGCACGAACUUGCUUCACAGCAAGUAAACAGAAGUUUCUGGCUUGAUUUGGCUGUGCUUGUUUUAUCUUGAAGUGAUCCUAAAGCAUGUCUGGAUUUCUAGAAGGUUGGCGGUGCUCAGAAUGCAUUGACUGGGGGGAAAAGCGGAACACCAUUGCUUCCAUUGCUGCGGGGGUUCUGUUUUUCACAGGUUGGUGGAUCAUAAUAGAUGCAGCUGUUAAUUAUCCCAACAUGAAGGAUUUCAACCAUUCGUAUCAUGCCUGUGGUGUUAUAGCCACCAUAGCCUUCUUAAUGAUUAAUGCAGUAUCAAAUGGACAAGUCCGGGGUGAUAGUUACAGUGAAGGCUGUCUUGGCCAAACAGGUGCUCGCAUCUGGCUGUUCAUUGGUUUCAUGUUGGCCUUUGGAUCUCUGAUUGCAUCUAUGUGGAUUCUCUUUGGAGGUUAUGUUGCAAAGGAAAAAGAAAUAGUGUACCCUGGAAUUGCUGUGUUUUUCCAGAAUGCCUUCAUCUUCUUUGGAGGGCUGGUGUUUAAGUUCGGCCGCACUGAAGACUUGUGGCAAUGAGGACCUGGAUAUCUGGUGGCGCAGUCUGGCACAGGGCUUUUUCCUGCUCACCGCAGUUUUUCUAUUGCCAUUUUCUAAACUGGUUCCUGAGUGUCAGCUUAGGGAUGCAAUGCUAAAUCAUGACAGCUUCCUCCGUAAGCAGCAGCAGCACAGUCUAUCCUGGGGUGCAUCUGGUCAGCCUCAGUAAUGCUAAAAGACCGUGCACACCAGUAGCCUGUCAACUUUUAUCAUGGUGUACUUUGUAAAAAUAAAGGAAAUUAUGAAAGGAA